AGGACAUCGAGAUUCUAAGAAACUUAUUGUUGAACAAGAAAAUGACAAGCUUAUCCAAAACCAGGGAAAUUUUAGGGAAAUAUUAAAAUAUAGAGCCCAAGGAGAUGACCAUUUAAAAUCAUUUUUGGAAGCCGAAGGAACAAUAAAAUAUACAAAUGUAACACAUCAAAUAGAAAUCAUUGAAUCCUGCAAUAAAAUUAUUUUAAAUAAAAUUGUAACUAACAUAAAUUCUCAAAGAUGUUUUACAAUACUUGCUGAUGAAACAGCCGACAUUGGUGGAAUCGAACAAGUAUCUUUAUGUGCACGCUAUUUAGAUGAUGAAAAUAUGAUUAUCAAGGAAGAAUUUCUUCAGUUUGUGCCUACUACAGAUACUAUUGGAAAAGGUUUAGCCGAUAUUAUUAUACAAAAUUUACAUUCAUUUGGUAUAGAAACAAAAUACCUAAGAGGGCAGGGUUACGAUGGAUGUGCAUCUAUGUCAGGUCAAUUUAACGGAGUUCAAGCUAUUAUUCACCAAACUCACCCACUUGUGACGUAUGCUGCUCAUGUCUUAAAUUUUGCUGUUCUUAUUCAUAUUCUAUACAAGAAACACGAAAUUGUUUAG